AUGCAUAUCACUCGCUGGAGCUUCAGUAUCGUGGCGCUGCUCUCACCUGCCACCAUUGCUCUUCAAGCAACGCCCAACUCUGAGUGCGCGGCCCUCUGCUCCGAUGGCUCUAACUCAACUCUCAACGACGCCAGUGCUGCGAGAACGAAUUCUUCAGAUAUAGUAUGCGAAGACGGAGAGUACACAGAAACUGGAAAUGGCAUCAGAUUCAAGAACUGCCUAAAUUGUCUCCAGAAGAGUGAGGAUAUAUGGAGAGAAGAAAGUGACGUUUUUUGGUUCCUUUAUAAUGUACGAUACGCAUUUGACGUUUGCCUCUAUUCCUAUCCCGAUGCUGCGAAGACUGGGACAAUCAACUCGCCCUGUAACAUUGAGAGCUCAUGUGGAUCGCUUGAGGAUGCCUUGAAAACAUCCUUACUUCAAAGAACAAGUGAUAAUCAGUUCGGAUAUUGCAAGGCCGAGAAUUCUAUCAUCGAAAGCUCCAGCUACAAAGAGUGCCUUAGCUGCCUGCAAUCAACAUCGAACCAAAAAUUCCUCGCCAAUUUUUUGGUAGCUCUGAAGGCAGGUUGUAUACAGGAGCCAGAGAGGGGUGAUAUAAUUGGUCUUAGUGGGACCAUCUUUGCCUCAUCACUCGUUAACAUUACCGAUCCUAGCACCAACAAGACUCUUCCCGGUGACGGAGGUGCUGCCGUUGGCUCUAUGACCACUGGCACAAUCGUCGGCAUCGCAGUGGGGUGUGGUCUGGGUGCUGCUGGCCUUGCUUGGCUCCUCUUCAUGUACUGUCGACGAAGCCGGAAUCGUCGAGGGACAGCAAUCAAGAUCUCAUCACCACCGCCAGAUACCUCCAUGAACGACCGUUCAAUGUAUGGCAUUCAAAAAUCGUCUUACUUCCACGACGGUAGGAAGCAACCACUGCCACCUAUACACGAUCCUCCACGUGCAGGAGGACACAUACGCACAAUGUCCAAUGCACAGUACUAUGAUGGACUUGAGCGCGAUGAAGAAGAUGGGUUGGGAAAUGUCAACUAUCACUACGUGCCAUAUUCAAAAAGUAACGGUCCCAACAGUGCACUACCAACACAUCCUGCAUACAUUCCGCGGGUAGUUAGCAAACUUCCCGAACCACACAUUGCCACACACACCCGCAAAGCCAGUGCUCCCGACUCUUAUGCCCUUCAAACCUAUCUUAAGGCCACCGACGACUUUGGGCUUAACCGGGGGAGUAUUAGUGACGCCAUUUCGAACAGCACAAUUUCACAGAAUGCCAGUAGGAAUCCAUCGCCUGCUCGCCAGAAAGACCUUCUUGAGCCACUUGUCGCUUCGGUUCCAGCGCCUAUAGCCUCUCAAGCGCCAAGACCAAGGCUUCCUUCUCUGGCAUUUCCCUCCCUUCAUAAACUUGUUAUUCCCCGAAAGCAAAACCCUCCAGAGGUCAACUUGGUAUCUGCGACCCCGAUCUCUGCCGACCCUGACCCCUGUCGCGAAAUGAGAAUCUCCAAGCCUCUGGCUGUCCUUGAUCCUCGGUUCCAGGAUCGACCUUUAGGCGGGGGUACUAUCCUCGCAAAUGAGAUUCCUGUGGGAUUCAGUGACGAAUAUCUAAAGAGGAGAGAGGCAAAUAAGUCGCCUAUGCUGAGUGGAAAUAGUCGCGUUUAUGGUUGA